AUGCCCAAGGCACAGAAAACACCCUGGGCUGGGUACUGGGAACCUCCCCCAGUGAACCAGGUCUUCGUCUCGCGGGCUGAUCGAGCCACAAGCGUCUACGAUCGCGACGUCGCAUUUCGUCAGGCUCAGAGAGAUGCCUUGAUCAUCGCCGCUCAGGAAGGCUAUCAGCAGAGAGGCCAGAAACGGGGAGCAGAUUUCGACCAUGACUCCGAGGCGGCCGAGUUCUUACGCACCCCGAAGGCGAGAUGCAUGCCGGUCAUCGCUGAGGAGGACACAUCGAUGGAAGGUAGUGACAUGGUGGCACAGGAUCCAGGAGACGAGACCGAGCAUCAACAUGCGAACCAGGCACCUACUCCACGGGCUGUUCCAAGCAAUGGGCAGUCUCUGGACAUUCAGGAACGCCUAGCUGCCUUGGAGGGCAAGAUGCAGUCUCUCGACAAAACCACAGAGAAGCAUGUGGGCGACCUUGGCUACCUCCUCCCACGGACGACGGAGUUGGCGAGCGUAGGCCAGGCUGUCAAGAAAAAGGCCGAUGUACUGGAGAAGGGGAUAAACACGACCAAUGACAACAUUUUGGGCCUGUUGGGGGUACUGAAGCAGUGUUCGGAACUCAACCGCGACAUGAUAUCACUCUAUGGAAGACUGGUUAAGCUCACGGAAAAGACAGCGAGAGACUUGAAGGUCACCAGAAAGGCCUUGGAUGAGACACGAGCAGCACAGACCAAGGAUCGGGCAGCCAUCUCCAGUCUCCAAAAGGAGCUCUCGAAGAUGAGGGAUGAGGGUAUCACCAAGUCAGAGAGCACCAGCACCUGA